CUCCCUGUUGAGCGGGAGGAUAAGGGAGUGAGGUGCGGACGGCCCUUCGGAUGCUCUGCAGCGAGGAAGAGAAGAAGAAGCUACCUCUGCCGCGGAUAUCCCAAUCAAACCUGCCUGCUCAAAACGAGCUCUUCUCGACGCUGAUAUUUUUUCUUCCCCACUGACCGUUUUUAUGUGAAAGCUAGUUAAUUAAAGAAAAUACCAUAACAGACAACAGUUGAGAGGAGAGGGAGCGAGAGCAAGAAAGAGGGGUCUAUUUUAUGAGGAUGCGGAUUUAUCGCAAAGUCGUUAUCAGUGUCACCUGGGAUUUUUAAGCAUUAAAAUUCGAGUUAGCUUUGUCGCACGCGUUGGUAACGAAGCAAGCAAGCUAUUUUUUUUUAUGUCUGCCGAAAUACCACACACUGUGACGCGGCAGAAAUAAUACCAACAGCGUUUCCAGCAGACGACAAAAUAAAGGGGUUGAAUGUGUUUUCCUCCAGCCCGGACACCAUGAGCACCAUCUCACCAACUGACUUUGACAGUUUGGAGAUCCAGCAGCAGUAUAAUGACAUCAACAACCGUUGGGAUCUGGCAGCAGAAACUGACUGGGAUAAUGAGAACAGUUCAGCACGGCUCUUUGAACGUUCACGAAUCAAGGCUCUCGCAGAUGAGCGUGAAGCAGUACAGAAGAAGACCUUUACCAAAUGGGUGAACUCUCAUUUAGGCCGUGUGACCUGUCGCAUUGGGGACCUGUACACGGACCUUCGUGAUGGCCGCAUGCUAAUCCGCCUCCUGGAAGUGCUUUCCGGAGAGCAGCUGCCAAAGCCCACAAAGGGACGCAUGCGUAUCCACUGCCUGGAGAAUGUUGAUAAAGCCCUGCAAUUUCUCAAAGAGCAAAAAGUCCAUCUAGAAAACAUGGGCUCACAUGACAUCGUGGAUGGUAAUCACCGUCUCACCCUGGGUCUCAUCUGGACCAUCAUCCUUCGCUUUCAGAUCCAGGACAUCAGUGUGGAGACAGAGGAUAAUAAAGAGAAAAAAUCAGCUAAAGAUGCCCUGCUGCUUUGGUGCCAAAUGAAAACAGCAGGAUACCCCAAUGUCAACAUCCACAACUUCACUACCAGUUGGCGAGAUGGCCUGGCGUUCAAUGCCAUUGUGCACAAACACAGACCAGACCUGAUUGAGUUUGAUAACCUGAAGAGGUCCAAUGCUCACUAUAAUCUCCAGAAUGCUUUCAAUGUGGCUGAGAAGGAAAUGGGGCUUACCAAGUUGCUGGACCCAGAAGAUGUCAAUGUUGAUCAGCCUGAUGAAAAGUCCAUCAUCACAUAUGUGGCAACCUACUAUCAUUACUUCUCCAAGAUGAAAGCCCUGGCAGUGGAGGGCAAAAGAAUUGGAAAGGUGCUGGACUAUGCCAUUGAGGCUGACCAGCUGAUUGAAAAGUAUGAAACGUUGGCCUCAGAGCUGCUGCAGUGGAUUGAGCAGACCAUAGUGACACUCAAUGAUAGGCAGCUUGCAAACUCACUGAGUGCUGUGCAGAACCAGCUCCAGGCUUUCAACUCCUACCGCACUGUGGAGAAACCACCCAAAUUUACAGAGAAAGGAAAUUUGGAGGUACUCCUCUUUACCAUCCAGAGCAAAAUGCGAGCAAACAACCAGAAAGUCUACAUGCCACGAGAAGGCAAACUCAUCUCUGACAUCAAUAAGGCGUGGGAGCGACUGGAGAAGGCAGAGCACGAACGUGAGCUGGCUCUGAGAAAUGAGUUGAUUCGACAGGAGAAGCUUGAGAUGCUCGCUGCCCGUUUUGACCGCAAAGCUGCAAUGAGGGAGACAUGGCUGAGUGAGAACCAGAGGCUGGUGUCUCAGGACAACUUUGGAACUGACCUUGGAGCAGUGGAAGCUGCCACUCGUAAACAUGAGGCAAUCGAGACAGAUAUUGGGGCAUACUUGGAGCGUGUGGCUGCUGUGGAGGCUGUUGCCAAAGAGCUGGAAGCGGAACGGUACCAUGAUGUACGGCGUAUACUUGCACGGAGGGAUAAUGUCCUUCGACUCUGGGAAUACCUGAAAGAGCUUCUGGUUGCACGCAGGGAGCGGCUAAAUGCCCAUCGUGACCUGCAGAGAUUGUUUCAGGAGAUGCGCUACAUCAUGGACUGGAUGGCAGACAUGAAGGGUCGUCUGCAGUCUCAGGAUAGUGGCAAACAUUUACAUGAUGUGUUAGACCUACUUCAGAAGCACACACUGGUAGAGGCUGACAUUUCCGCUCAGGCAGAACGGAUCAAAGCAGUGCAGGGAGCUGCACAACGCUUCACUUCCUACGACCAGGUCUACAAACCAUGUGAGCCAGGACUAGUAAGUGAAAAGGUUGACCUGCUGGGUCAAGCCUAUGAGGAGCUUGGUCAGCUUGCUGGUAAACGCAAGGAGCAACUAGAGGACUCACGUCGUUUGUGGCAGUUCCUGUGGGAUCUUGGAGAGGAGGCAGCCUGGAUCAGAGAGCAGGAGCAGAUCCUGGCAAGCGGAGACUGUGGACGUGACCUCACGUCUGCUCUUCAUCUGCUCAGUAAACAUGAAGCUUUCAGUGAUGAGAUGGCAGCCCGCUAUGGCCCCCUGAGUAACAGCAUUGCUGCUGGGGAGGCUUUAAUUCAGGAGGGACACUUCGGAGCCCCAGAGGUCACAGAGAGGAUUCAAGACAUCCGCUCACAGUGGGCUCACCUUGAGGAGACAACCAGACUGAGAGAGCAGAGUCUUAAGGAAGCUGUGGCCCUGCAUCAGUUCCAAACAGAUGCCAAUGACAUGGAGGCCUGGAUCAUGGAGACUCUUAGACAAGUGUCGAGUCAGGAAGUGGGCCACGAUGAGUUCUCUACCCAAACCCUAGCUCGCAAACAGAGGGAGAUAGAGGAGGAGAUCCAAAGCCAUCGCCCCCUCAUUGACUCCUUGCAUGAGCAGGUCCAAGCACUGCCACAGGCCUAUGCACACAAUUCUCAGGUGGAUGGCCGCUUACCUGCUAUUGAGCAGAGCUAUGAAGAACUGGAGACUCUGUCAGCAGCUAGGAGACAGGCCCUGGAAGGUGCGCUGGCCCUCUACCGCAUGUUCAGUGAAGCCGGUGCCUGCCAGCUCUGGGUUGAAGAGAAGGAGCAGUGGUUGCACAACAUGGAGAUCCCAACCAAAUUGGAGGACUUAGAGGUGGUGCAGCAGAGAUUUGAGACUCUAGAACCUGAAAUGAACAACCUAGGUACUCGAGUCACUGAUGUGAACCAUGUGGCAGAGCAGCUGCUGGGCUCGGACAACUGUAGCAAAGACCAAAUCCACCAGACACGACACCAACUGAACAACAGAUGGUCAGAGUUUGAACAACUGGCUGGUCAAAAGAAGCAAGCCCUAGAGUCUGCCCUAAACAUCCAAAACUACCACUUGGAGUGUAAUGAGAUUCAAACUUGGAUGAGAGAGAAGACCAAGGUGAUUGAAUCUACUCAGAGCCUGGGUAAUGACCUGGCUGGAGUGAUGGCACUGCAGCGCAAACUCACUGGCAUGGAGAGGGACCUGGAGGCCAUUCAGGGCAAAUUGGAUGACCUGAGAAAUGAGGCAGAAAAGCUAGCCAAGGAACAUCCAGAUCAGGCAGGAGAGAUUCAAGGGCGCCUGGCGGAGAUUCAGGAAGUUUGGGAGGAGUUGAAUGCCACCAUGAAGCGACGUGAGGAGUCAUUGGGUGAAGCCAGCAAGCUGCAGGGCUUUCUCAGAGACCUAGAUGACUUCCAGUCCUGGUUGUCUCGCACCCAGACAGCUGUGGCCUCAGAGGACAUUCCCACUUCUCUGCCUGAGGCUGAGAGCUUGCUCACCCAGCAUGAAAACAUCAAGAAUGAAGUGGAUAACUAUAAGGAGGACUAUGAGAAGAUGCGGGCAGUUGGUGAGGAGGUGACCCAGGGUCAGACAGAUGCCCAGCACAUGUUCUUGGCUCAGAGGCUCCAGGCACUGGAUACUGGCUGGCAUGAGUUGCGUCGCAUGUGGGAGAACCGCCACAGUCUUUUGGCCCAAGCCUUUGACUUCCAGACUUUCUUAAGAGAUGCUAAGCAGGCAGAAGCCUUCCUGAACAGCCAGGAGUAUGUUCUGUCUCACACAGAGAUGCCUGGCAGUCUUCAGGCAGCAGAAGAGGCCAUUAAGAAGCACGAGGAUUUCCUCACUACCACAGAGGCCAGCGAGGAUAAGAUAACGGGUGUAGUGGAGACCGGACGGCGCCUCAUUAAUGACUCCAAUGCAAAUUCUGAUAAGAUCCAGGAAAAAGUGGACUCCAUCCAAGAAAGGCAUUUUAAGAAUAAACAGGCUGCAAAUGAACUAUUGACAAAGCUGAAGGAUAACCGUGAACUUCAGCACUUCCUCCAAGAUGGGCAAGAGCUCACACUUUGGAUCAAUGAGAAGAUGCUGACAGCACAGGACAUGUCUUAUGAUGAGGCCAGAAAUCUUCACAGCAAGUGGCAGAAGCACCAGGCCUUCAUGGCAGAGCUGGCCUCAAACAAAGACUGGCUAGACAAAAUUGACAAAGAGGGUCAGGCUCUGGUGGCUGAAAAGCCUGAGCUGAAACCGGUUGUCCAGCAGACUUUGGAAGACCUACAGCAUCAGUGGGAGGAGCUGGAAAACACCACCCGCACCAAGGCCCAGUGUUUGUUUGACGCUAACAGGGCAGAGCUCUUCACACAAAGCUGCUCCUCUCUAGAUGUCUGGCUGAAAAACUUAGAGGGCCAGCUGCAGAAUGAUGACUAUGGCAAAGACUUGACCAGUGUCAACAUCCUGCUGAAGAAGCAUCAGAUGAUAGAGCACCAGAUGGAUGUCAGAGAGAAGGAGGUGCAGUCCCUGCAGUCUCAGGCUCUGGCCCUGUCCCAGGAGGACACUGGACUGGCUGAAGUAGAUGGUCAACAACGGCGUGUCACUGACAACUUCUCCAGACUUAAGGAGCCUCUUGAAGUCCGGAGACAGCAACUUCUUGCCUCCAAAGAAGCACAUCAGUUCAACAGAGAUUUGGAGGAUGAAAUUCUGUGGGUGAAAGAGAGAAUGCCCUUGGCGACCUCCACAGACCAUGGAAAAGACCUGCCCACUGUUCAGUUGCUAAUCAAGAAGAAUCAGACAUUGCAGAAGGAGAUCCAGGGCCACCAGCCCCGCAUUGAUGAUAUCCAUAGACGAGGAAAGACUCAGAGCCAGGUAGAUGGUGAGAGGCAGUCUGCCCUAGAAGAGCGUCUUUUUGAGCUGAAGGAUCUUUGGGACCAAUUGAUUGCAGAGACGGACAAACGUCAUGACCGACUAAUAGAGGCCAAUCGUGCCCAGCAGUUCUAUGCUGAUGCAGCGGAGGCAGAGGCCUGGAUGGGUGAACAAGAGCUACACAUGAUGUCAGAGGAAAAGGCCAAGGAUGAGCAGAGCGCACUAGUAAUGGUCAAGAAGCAUCAAAUCCUGGAACAGGCACUUGAAGACUAUGCCCAAACUAUUCAUCAGCUGGCCAACAGCAGCCGCCUCAUGGUCACCAGUGAACACCCAGAGAGUGAGAGAAUCACCUUACGGCAAGCCCAAGUCGACAAGCUUUAUGCAGGAUUGAAGGACCUAGCGGAGGAGCGUCAUGGGCGGCUACAGGAGAGAUUGCGGCUGACUCAGCUCAAACGGGAGGUGGAUGACCUGGAGCAGUGGAUAGCUGAGAGGGAGGUGGUUGCUGGCUCCCAUGAACUAGGACAGGACUAUGAACAUGUCACAAUGCUCAGGGACAAGUUCAGAGAGUUUGCCCGUGACACCAGCACCAUUGGCCAAGAGCGAGUAGAUGGCGUGAAUGUGCUGGCAGAUGACUUGAUCGAGUCUGGUCAUCCUGAGAAUGCCAGCGUGGCUGAGUGGAAGGACGGCUUGAACGAGGCCUGGGCAGAUCUGUUGGAGCUGAUUGAUACUCGCACACAAAUGCUGGCCGCCUCCUAUGAGCUGCAUCGCUUCCAUCAAGAUGCCAUGGAGGUGCUUGGACGUGUUAAGGAAAAACAGGAGGCACUGCCAAUUGACCUUGGCCGUGAUCUGAACACUGUCCAACAUCUACACAGGCAGCACAACACUUUUGAACAUGACAUCCAGGCACUUAGUGGACAGGUGAACCAGAUACAAGAUGAUGCAGCACGGCUGCAGAAGGCAUACGCUGGAGAGAAAGCUGAUGACAUCAACAGGAGUGAACAUGCUGUGAGUUCUGCCUGGGAGGGCCUGCUCCAGGCUGGUCAGGCUCGCAGGAUCCUCCUGCUGGACACAGUUGAGAAGUUCCGCUUUUUUAACAUGGUGCGAGACCUCAUACUAUGGAUGGACGGUGUAAACCUGCAAAUCGAUGCACAUGACAGUCCCAGGGAUGUAUCCUCUGCAGGCCUUGUCAUUGCUAAUCAUCAAGACAUCAAGUCAGAGAUAGAGACCAGGGCAGAUAGUUUCACUGCCUGUAUUGAGAUGGGAAACACCCUCAUCAACAAUAAUCACUAUGCAGCUGAUGAGAUUUGUGAGAAACUGCUGCAGCUCCAGGAAAAAAGAGAUAAGAUCAACAAAAAGUGGAAAGACAAGAUGGACCACUUACAAAUUGUGCUGGAGGUGCUGCAAUUUGGACGAGAUGCCUGUGUGGCAGAGUCCUGGUUGGUCGGGCAAGAACCUCUGGUGCGAGCAGCAGAGCUGGGCUCAAAUGUCGAUGAGGUAGAGAGCCUAAUCAAGCGCCACGAGGCUUUUGAAAAACUUGCUGCAGCCUGGGAAGAACGCUUUGUCCUGCUGGAGAAACUCACUACACUGGAGGAGCAAGAGAUCCAGAGGAGACGAGAGGAAGAAGAAAGAGCCCGGCGACCCCCUACACCAUCCCCUGCUGAAGAAGUGGUACAAUCAGAGACAGAGAGUCAGCUACAUAAUUCUGCAGCCAGAACCAGUCUGGACCAGACCACAUUGAAUCAGUCGGUGUCAGUGAAUGGAGUACACAGUGACAAUGAAACAUCUCAGUCGUUGUCGUUAUCAACGGGAAAGAAAUCAGAACCUAGAUCCCGUGUGUGUAAGCCAAAGCAGCAGGAGCGUGGCUCUGAGUCCGAGUCGGUGAACGGACCUGGUCGGGACAGUGGGCUGGCGUCUUCUCGUCUUGAGCCUUCUGCCACGUUACCGAACAGGGGUGGAGCAGAGUCCGACCCAGACACCAUGGAGGGAAUGCUCUGUCGAAAACAAGAGAUGGAGUCCCACAGCAAAAAGGCAGCAAGCAGGUCCUGGCAGAACGUGUACUGUGUGCUAAGAAAAGGAAGUCUUGGCUUCUAUAAGGACAACAAAAGUGCCAGCAAUGGUGUUCCAUAUCAUGGUGAGGUUCCCAUCAGCCUGGGAGAAGCUGUGUGUGAAGUAGCUCAUGACUAUAAGAAGAGGAAACACGUCUUCAAGCUCAGGCUAGGAGAUGGAAAAGAAUAUUUGUUCCAAGCAAAGGAUGAGGUGGAGAUGAGCUCCUGGAUACGCUCCAUCAUCAGUUCCAUUCCAGCAGGAGCAGGUGACUCUCCUGGAGCUCCACGAGCUCUCAGCCAUGCCAUGACCUUGCCUCCAAUCUCCCCCAGCUCAGGUGAACCUGGAGGCGUCACCAUGCGAAAUAAAGAGGGCAAAGACAAGGAUCGGGAGAAGAGGUUCAGCUUCUUUGGCAAGAAGAAAUAGAAUCUUCUUUUUUCAAUCCAUUUUCAAGACAGAGGCAGGCAGAAAGAAAAGUAAAAACAGAUCAAACAAACACACUGUUUUCAGAGGAAGCCCCAAGAAAUGAGACAAGAUCUGCUGGAUGUGGCAGACAGAACAGAGUGCUUUCUUCCUUUUGCUCUCUACGACUUAUUGUCAUUUAAAUUUUUGUCUUCCCAUGUGACAUUUAGCUGCACCCAAUAAAGAAAGUCCUCAUCCACAGCAGGAGAGUAAGAUGUUGUAUGAGCAGAAAGCGUGUUAAUGCUGCUGCGUCAGGAAUGAAACACUGGAUUGGAUGGAUGGUGGCUUUCUAUUGUUUUUGUGCUCUCUCUAUGGGAAGGAUCACAUCAGUCUAUUUUUCUGUUCUUGGUGUUGAUGUUAUUAAACUGACCAAUAUUAAUGAUAUUAUUCUAAUUAUUAUUUAUCUUUUUGUUAUUUCUGCUUUGAGAAAAUUCAUUUGACAGUAGAUAAUCCUCUUGUGGAAAAAAUAAAAUUAGCUAAGUGGAGAAUGUU